UGGACGAGUUUUUACUUCUAGAAACGAACCCAUCCACAAGGAACCAAGCAACUUGUUGGUUAACCUUGCACCAGAAUCCUUAGCAUCCAACAAGCCGGCGAGUAUGGUGAACCACAAACAACAGGGGGAAAAUAAUCCUCCACGAUCCCUUCUUCGGGACAUGGCCCAGCCAAUGAUUGGACCGGUUACUUCUUGCAUCUGGUUGGGGCCAGCGGCUAGGAAUUACGAGAUAAAAACAAUCCACUACAACCAGCUCCCAUCCUUCUAUGGCUUGCCAAACGAAGAUUCUCUCCAUUUCAUCCGGGAGUUCUAUAAUGUCCUCCAAACCUUUCCUCUUCAAGGGUUAAACGAGGACCAACUAAAGAUGAGGUGUUUCCCGCACACAUUAAAGGACCGGGCAAAGGAUUGGUUUAUGAAUCUUGCUCCCGACUCACUCACUACUUGGGAGCAAGUGUAUUCCAAGUUUAUCGGGAAAUAUUAUUCCCAUCAAAAGACUCAGGAACUAAGGGGUCAAAUCGUAUCCUUCACCCAACAUCCCAAUGAGCCAUUCCAUGAGACGUGGGAGCGAUUCAAAGACCUUCAAAGACAGUGCCCACAUCAUAAUCUCCCACCCGGCUUAUUGGUGAGCAGAUUUUACGAUUCCCUCGACCGAAACUUACAAUUCAUGGUUAAUGUAAACCUUCCACUAUUUGAUGUGAUAAAAAAUAUGCCUUCCUAUGUAAAAUUUUUUAAAGACUUGGUGACGAAAAAGAGAAAGUUUGGAGAUGGCGAGAAGGUGGUCGUUUAUGAGGCGGCAAGUGCAAUGCAUCAUGACUUGCCAAAAAAAGAACGUGAUCCCGGGGGUUUUAUAAUAAAAAUUGCCCUUGGGAAUGGGAAAGAGGCUUCAGGGAUGCUCGAUCUCGGAGCAGGAAUCAACCUCAUGCCAUUUUCAAUUUUUCAAAAGCUUGGACUUGGCGAUUUAAGGCCAACCCGAAUGUGCCUCCAACUUGUCGACCGAUCGAUUCGAUACCCCAAGGGGGUAGUGGAGGAUGUCCUUGUUCGUAUCGGGAAACUCAUUGUUCCGGUGGAUUUUGUGGUUUUGGAUGUCGGAGACGUACUGGAGAAUGGGAAGGAUCACACUAUCCUUCUUGGCAGACCUUUCAUGGCUACCACCAACACAUUGAUAGAUGUAAAGAACGGGACAUUGAAUAUGAUGGUCUUGGGCGAAUCGGUAUCCAUAUCGGUUCGAGAAGCUAUGUCAGCAUCCUCGGUACUUUUUAUUGAGGAAU